AGCGGCUCUCUGAUCCAGCCCGGGAGGGGACCGAGCUGGAGGAGCUGGGUGUGGGGUGCGUUGGGCUGGUGGGGAGGCCGAGUUUGGGAGCAAAUAGGGUCUGAUUGAGCUUGUGUUGCACUGAAGGGACAGCCCUGGGUCUAGGGGAGAGAAUCCCUGAGUGUGAGACCCGCCUUCCCUGGCCCCAGCCCCUCCCAGUUCCCCCAGCGACGGCCACUUCCUGGUCCCCGACGCAACCAUGGCUGAAGAACAACCGCAGGUCGAAUUGUUCGUGAAGGCUGGUAGUGAUGGGGCCAAGAUUGGGAACUGCCCGUUCUCCCAGAGACUGUUCAUGGUACUGUGGCUCAAGGGAGUCACCUUCAAUGUUACCACCGUUGACACCAAAAGACUAUGUCAAUCUUUUCCUGAAGUUCUAAUCAAUUCCUUCUCUUGCACAGAUCUGGAGAAGGGACUCCUGAAAGCCCUGAAGGUUUUAGACAAUUACUUAACAUCGCCCCUCCCAGAAGAAGUGGAUGAAACCAGUGCUGAAGAUGAAGGUGUCUCUCAGAGGAAGUUUCUGGAUGGCAACGAGCUCACCCUGGCUGACUGCAACCUGUUGCCAAAGUUACACAUAGUACAGGUGGUGUGUAAGAAGUACCGGGGAUUCACCAUCCCCGAGGUCUUCCGCGGAGUGCAUCGGUACUUGAGCAAUGCCUACGCGCGGGAAGAAUUCGCUUCCACCUGUCCAGAUGAUGAGGAGAUCGAGCUUGCCUAUGAGCAAGUGGCCAAGGCCCUCAAAUAAGCCCCUCCUGGGACUCCCUCAACCCCCUCCAUUUUCUUCACAAAGGCCCUGGUGGUUUCCACAUUGCUACCCAAUGGACACACUCCAAAAUGGCCAGUGGUCAGGGAAUCCUGGAUCACUUAUUCCGGGAUGGUGUGAUGGAAGAGGGGAUGAGGGAAAGAAAUGGGGGGCCUGAGUGAGAUUUUUAUUAUGGGGUGGGAUGGGUAGAACAACAUAUUUCAGUAAUAAAAUACAGAAUAAAAAUCAAGUGUUUUUA